AUGCCAAACGGUGAUACAUCAAAAACCGAACAAAAGAAGACUAUUUUUCAAGCGUCUCAAAUGACGGAAUUUUCGCCAGAAACAGACAGUUUUACUGAAUGGAAAGAGCGCUUAGAAAUCCAUUUCACCGACAUUGAUGUGACAUUGAGGCCAUCGAAUAAAGCAACGCUGUUGAAAAGUAUCGGUACACAUGCGUAUUCACUGUUACGAGCACUUUGUGACCCAAAAAGGCCAAGCGAUAAAAAAUAUGACGAACUGUGCACGCUGUUGGAAGAGCAUUUUAUGCCACCGGUAAUGAUUUAUCGGGAACGAUUGAAUUUUUACACCGCAUCGAAAAAUUCAGAUGAAUCAGUCAAUUCAUGGUACGCACGCGUUAAAACAUUAGCACUGAAAUGCAAAUUUGCCAAUUUGGACGAAGCUGUACGUGACCGAUUUAUCAUGGGAAUGGCCAACAACGAGAAAUUGUUUGAGAAAUUUUGCGAAGAGGACGAGAAGCUGACGAUAGCCACGGCAUUGAAGAAGGCGCUCAUACACGAGGUGAAACUCAAGGGUAACUCAAUGUCAACUGAUGUAAACUUUGUCCGAGGCAACAACAGUAGCGGGACUCAACGCAACAGGCGAUCUAACGGACAUCACCAGAAAAGGGAUGCAUGCAUACAUUGUGGCUGGAGGACACACAAAUCACAAACUUGCAAAUUUAGAGACGCUACUUGUGAUAAUUGCGGAAAAAAGGGACAUUUAAAGCCGAUUUGCCGCUCAAAAGAGAAGAAUUUAUCGACAAAUUUUGUUAAUUUAAAUCACACUAUUUCUCAUGUUCAAGAAACUAAUCCUAAUAUUUCGACUUUCGUUAACACAGGUACUCAAGUUGGACCGACAUGUGGUGAUGGAACGGAUUGGUAUUCUAUUUUUAAUAUUUCCGGGAGCCGUAAGUCAAAUACUUUCGAUUUAACUGUGUACAUCAACGGUAUCCAAUUCGAUGUGGAAUGUGAUACUGGGUCUCCGAUUUCGUUGAUGCCUUUAACUCAAUACAGGAAGCAUUUUGACACGCGUUGUUUAAAGCAAAACACAGAAAAAUACGAUGACUACGGUGGUCAUGGAAUAGAAAUUAUCGGUGAGUUUUUACCAAACAUAAAAUAUCGAGAUCAAACUGAGGAAGUAGAAAUGGUAGUCACGAAUGUUAAUCGACCAAUUUUAUUAGGGAGAAAUUUUCUUCGGGUUUUCAACUUUGAAUUAAGACAAGUUAACGCGAUUUCAAGUUCGAGCUCAACCGUUUCAAAUCAGAAGAAUUCAGUCAAUCCUGUUCCAAUUCAAAAUUUUGCAUCUAAUUUAGAUAAUACAAAUGUUUAUAAUACAAUUGUUCAAAAAUUAAAAACUACUUUUAGUGAAGUUUUUGAAGAAGGUUUAGGUAAAUUUACCACCGCGAAAGUACAUUUAGAGGUCAUGCCGGGCACGAAACCAAUUUUUUGGAAACCGCGUGCGUUGCCGUUCGCAUGGAAACCAAUUGUUGAACAAAAACUAAAUGAAUUUUGUGAUUCUGGUAUGAUGGAACCAGUCGAUAACGCUGAUUGGGGAACACCGAUUGUGCCAGUGAUGAAACCAAAUGGUGAUUUACGCAUCUGUGGUGAUUUUAGCGUCACUCUUAAUAAAUUUUUGGUAGAUUUCAAAUAUCCAUUGCCCCGUAUCGAGGAGAUUUUCGCUUCGCUGCAGGGUGGACAGUUGUUCAGUAAAUUGGAUCUAUCGAAUGCGUACAAUCAGUUAGAAUUAGACCAUGAAUCCCAAAACCUUUGUACUCUUAGUACACAUUUAGGCUUAUUUAGAGUAAAGCGAUUAGCUUUUGGCAUAAAACCAGCGGGGGCUAUCUUCCAAAAAACCAUUGAAACAUUGUUACGUGGUAUACCUAACUACAUAAAUUUUAUGGACGAUAUUGUCGUCACUGGGCCAGACACUCAUAGCCAUAGCAGAACAUUAACGAUCGUCUUAGGUAAAUUACAAUCUGUUGGAUUGAGACUGAACCCUAAGAAAUGCAUAUUUUUUAUGGAAGAAAUUUCGUACUUAGGUUUUACCAUUGACAAAAAUGGCCUAAGGAAAAACGACACCAAUAUUAGAAGCGUGCUUCACGCACCAAUACCUACAAAUGUAUCUGAAGUUAAGGCAUUCAUUGGAAUGGUAAAUUUUUACUCCAAAUUUGUUCCAAAUUUUGCACAAAAAAUGGAACCUUUUUAUAAGUUAUUGAGAAAAGACACUAAAUUUCAUUGGAAUGACGCCACGAAUUCUGCAUAUGAAUUGUUAAAAAAGGAGAUAACCGGUGACCAAGUGUUAGUUCAUUUUGACAGAGAAAAACCAGUUAUUUUAACAACAGACGCUUGUGAUACAGCAGUGGCUGGUAUUUUAUCACAUGAGUUUGAAAAUGGUGAGCUCAAACCAGUAGCAUACGUUUCACGUUCAUUAUCUCCAGCAGAACGAAAUUAUAGUACAAUCCAAAAAGAAGCCCUUGCCAUCGUUUUUAGCGUAACUAAAUUAUAUCAAUAUUUGAUAGGCAUUAAUUUCAUUUUGCAAACUGACCAUAAACCAUUAAUUUCAAUAUUCGGAGAGCACAAAGGUAUUUCUUUGAUGGCGGCUGCAAGAAUGCAACGUGUGCAUUGCACCACGGGAGUUUCUCCAUCACAAGUCAUGUUAAACCGAACAUUAAAAUCACGUUUUACAUUGUUGAAACCACCUUUGGUAAAGGAAAGCAUUGUUGAAGCCCAAAAGAAAAAUAUAUCGAAUUUUCGAGGUAAAAGAGAAGUAGCAUUUGAGAUUGGUGAUAAAGUAUACAUUCGUGACUAUACCAAUCCCAACAAGCCAAGCUGGACACCAGCGAAAAUUAAAGAAAAAUUUGGUCCUCGAAAUUAUGGUUGCGUAAUUACUCAAAACGGGAGAGAAAUAAAAAGGCAUUUGAAUCAAAUUCGUGAAAUAAGCACAAGUCAAGAUGUUACACCUGAAUUGAGUACAGCGGCCAUCAAACAGGAGACUCAGCAAACACGAGAACAUACGAAUUUAAGGAGAAGUACUCCCGAUACAAUAGAUGUUCACGCAGUGCCAUCGAAAGGGGAAGAGGAAGUUAUACCAGUCAACGAUGCACUUGAUUCGAACGAAGACGAUUUAAACGAAAAAGUUAUUGAAAAAACUCGCAACGUUCCAUCAUCAAGUCGACCAAUUCGAGAGACUGCAAGCAUUGCAAAAGCGAGCAUUGCUGAUCAAUAUCGAAGUAAUUUAGUCUAA